CUGCGGGCAGCCACCUCACCGCGGCUGCAGACCGUCCUCCUGGACGUCACCUCCAGCCAGAGCAUCGCUGCCGCCACCGCCUGGGUCCGGGAGUGUGUGGGCGACCAAGGUCUCUGGGGGCUGGUGAACAACGCGGGGACCGCCAUCCCCACCGCCCCUAACGAGUGGCUGACCAAGGAUGACUUCGUCAAGGUGCUGGAUGUCAACCUGGUCGGCCUCAUCGAGGUGACGCUGAGCCUCCUACCCCUGGUGCGGCAGGCACGGGGCCGGGUGGUCAACGUGGCCAGCGUGAUGGGCCGGCUUGCCUUUUUUGGCGGGGGUUACUGCAUCUCCAAGUUUGGUGUGGAGGCCUUCUCUGACAGUCUCCGACUUGAGAUGUGCAACUUCGGGGUGAAGGUCAGUGUGAUCGAGCCAGGCUACUUCAAGACAAUGAUCACCAACGCUGAGAACAUGGAGAAGCAUUUACUUUCCAUCUGGGAGAAGCUCCUGGAGGAAACCAAAGCAAGUUACGGGGAGAAUUACUUGAGGGAGUGUUUGGUAGCACUCAGGAAGAUGCAGGAGAGAUGCAACUCCAACCUGACGCUGGUCACGGACUGCAUGGAGCAUGCAUUGACCAGCCGUUUCCCACGCACCCGCUACUCUGUGGGGUGGGAUGCCAAGCUGCUCUACAUCCCCCUCAGCUACUUGCCAUCAGCCCUCACAGAUUUCAUACUCACCUGGUCCUACCCCAAACCUGCCCAGAAAGCCUAAGGCAGGGACACGGCACAGGCAGCCAACGGGCAGCAGUAGCCAGGGCCCGGCAGUACAGGGUGGGAUCCAGCAUCGCCCACAGCUGAGGCCGUGCCAAUAGGUUCCUGAAUUUCUAACUCAAUGUAUGUCUCACAACUCGCUGUCCUCUGCUAGCAGUCUGGUUUGCUUCUGAAUAAAGACAACUCCUCCUCCC